AUGCUCGAUAUUGAAGGCCAGAGGGCGCACUGUGUAGGUGCCGUCGACGAGAACGAGGACGAGGCAGGUCGGGACAUGGCCCAAGCCAGGGACCAGCUGUGUGGGCUUGGCCAGGCUUGGCCACCCGUCACCACCCGCGAGGAUCGGCGACCGUUGGUUGGGUGGGCGGAGGAGGCAAUGAGAGAUGCCACUCUGGCUGUCUGGGACAAGCUGACAGUCUGGGCACUGCAGACGAGCUAG